CUUUUUCAUAAUGUCAAAUGAGUGCUAUUAAAGUACCAGUAGGAAACUUCAGCAGAGAGACCCAUUUGUUUCCUGUCUCAUCCAAUCUUCUGUGUCAAGCCACAUCAUGUUAAACAAGCUUCUGCUGUUGUCUCUUCAGAUGAGUCUCCUAGAAACUAUUCUUGGUGGGAAUAUUCUGAUUUGGCCAAUGGAAGGUAGUCACUGGCUAAAUGUUAAGAUAAUUAUAGAUGAGCUGAUUAAAAAAGAACACAACGUGACUGUCCUAGUUGCCUCUGGUGCACUUUUCAUCACACCAACCUCUAAGCCAUCUCUCACCUUUGAAAUUUAUAAGGUGCCCUUUGGCAAAGAAAGAAUAGAAGGCGUCAUCAAGAACUUUGUUUUGACAUGGCUGGAAAAUAGACCGUCUCCUUCAACCAUCUGGAGAUUCUAUCAGGAGAUGGCCAAAGUUAUCAAGGACUUCCACAUGGUGUCAGGAGAGAUCUGUGAUGGUGUUCUUAAAAACCAAAAGCUGAUGGAAAAGCUGAAGAGUAGCAAAUUUGAAGUUCUGGUAUCAGAUCCAGUAUUUCCUUGUGGUGAUAUAGUAGCUUUAAAACUGGGAAUUCCAUUUAUAUACUCCUUGAGGUUUUCUCCAGCCUCAACAGUAGAAAAGCACUGUGGGAAGGUACCAUAUCCUCCAUCCUAUGUUCCUGCUGUUUUAUCAGAACUCACCGACCAGAUGUCUUUUACUGACAGAAUAAGAAAUUUUGUCUCCUACCAUCUACAGGACUACAUGUUUGAAACUCUUUGGAAACAAUGGGAUUCUUACUACAGUAAAGCUUUAGAUGGUAGCCAUUGGUUAAAUAUUAAGAUCAUUCUAGAAGAGUUGAUUCAAAGAAAUCACAAUGUGACUGUACUGGCUUCAUCAGCAACUCUGUUGAUCAAUUCCAGUCUGAAUUCUCCUGUGAAUUUUGAAGUGAUACCUGUUCUUUUUAAGACGAGCGAUAUAGAUUCCUUAGUUGAACAUAUGAUAAUGCUGUGGCUAGACCACAGACCAACUCCUCUCACGCUGUGGACUUUCUACAAAGAACUAGGAAAACUCAUAGACACUUUUUAUCGAAUUAAUAUACAAAUCUGUGAUGGCAUAUUAAACAACCCCAGGUUAAUGGCAAGACUUCAGAAAGGUGGUUUUGACGUGUUGGUAGCAGACCCAGUAACAAUCUGUGGUGACCUGGUUGCUCUGAAAUUAGGAAUUCCAUUUAUGUAUACCUUGAGGUUCUCUCCAGCCUCAACAGUAGAGAGACACUGUGGAAAAAUCCCAGCACCAGUCUCCUAUGUACCUGCAGCCUUGUCAGAGCUCACUGACCAGAUGACCUUUGCUGAAAGGGUUAAAAAUACCAUAUCUUACCCACUGCAAGACUAUAUAUUUCAAACCUACUGGGGAGCAUGGAAUUCAUACUACAGCAAAGUUUUAGGAAGACCCACUACGUUAUGUGAGACUAUGGGGAAAGCUGAAAUUUGGCUAAUCCGAACAUAUUGGGAUUUUGAAUUUCCUCGUCCAUACUUACCUAAUUUUGAGUUUGUUGGAGGGUUGCACUGCAAACCUGCCAAACCAUUACCUAAGGAAAUGGAAGAAUUUGUCCAGAGUUCAGAUGAACAUGGUGUUGUGGUGUUUUCUCUGGGAUCAAUGGUCAAAAACCUCACAGAAGAAAAGGCCAAUAUUAUUGCCUCAGCCCUCGCCCAGAUUCCACAGAAGGUUUUAUGGAGAUACGGAGGGAAGAAACCAGCCACAUUAGGAAACAAUACUCAGCUCUAUGACUGGAUACCCCAGAAUGAUCUUCUUGGUCAUCCCAAAACCAAAGCUUUUAUCACUCAUGGUGGAACUAAUGGGAUCUAUGAAGCAAUUUAUCAUGGGAUCCCUAUGGUAGGAGUUCCCAUGUUUGCUGAUCAGCCUGAUAACAUUGCUCACAUGAAGGCCAAAGGAGCAGCCGUGGAAGUGAACUUGAACACAAUGAGAAGUGCCGAUUUGCUCAAUGCCUUGAGAGCAGUCAUUAAUGAACCUUCUUAUAAAGAGAAUGCUAUGAGGUUAUCAAGAAUUCACCAUGAUCAACCUGUAAAACCCCUGGAUCGAGCAGUCUUCUGGAUUGAGUUUGUCAUGCGCCACAAGGGAGCCAAACACCUGCGACCAGCUGCCCACAAUCUCACCUGGUUCCAGUACCACUCUUUGGAUGUGAUUGGGUUCCUGCUGGCCUGUGUGGCAACUUCCAUGAUAUUAGUCAUGAAAUGUUGUUUGUUCUCUUGUCAAAAAUUUGGCAAAACCGGAAGGAAGAAAAAGAGAGACUAGGUCAAGAAAAAAAGAAAAUAUAUCUUUCUAAAUUUGGCAAAGUCCGGAAUGGAGCAAUCCUGUUAAUUUGAACCACAAAGAGCUUAACAAAAGCACAUCUCCAUCCUGUUUUCAAAUUUUCCAUUUCUCUACCUUAGCCUGAAGAUAAGCCUAGAAUUCAAUAUGAUCACUAACUAAUAAGUGUGUUCCAUUCUUCCUUUGUCUUUAAGUAGCUGGCUUUACCCUUUUCCUUUUCCUUUUCUGACUCAGGCACAUUAUCUAAUUUUAAAUAUAUUAUAUUCAUAAUAUUAAUAUUUUCCUUAUGUGUACCUUAAUUGCUGACUAACAGUAUGCUGAAUCUUGGGUAAUGCACAAAGUAUAAGUAGAAUUUGUCAGAUAUCAGGAAGCUCAGGAGAGUCAAAUUCACAAGUUUCUGGAGACUAUACAAAGCAGGGACCCAUCAUAGGAGAUUAGUGUGCUAUGAGAAGAGUAAUGAUUUUAUUUUUAAUAAAAAUAAUCUGAUUGCUCAAUGUUACGGGAAUUAGAGCAUGACUUUAUAACUGUGAUAGUGCAUCACUAUUAAAUGUCUAAAAAUUUUCAUUGAACACAUCUAGAUCAUCAUGGUCUAAUGUGCCUGCAUUUCUUCAACAAAUAUUCUUGUGUUUCUUUUAGUGGAAGUUUGAGCACUGUCCUCAAAACACAGAUCAAUUCAGACAUUUUUUUUUCUCAAGGAGAAAGUCAGCAAUAUGUUAAAGGUGAACAGAUCAUUUUUAGAGGACAAAACAAUAAGAAAUAUAGAAAAAAUAUAAGUUUGAUAGAAUUUUUAGUUCAUAGUACAAAUGAUAACCUUAAAUGUCAAUUCAUUAACAUUUGAUUAAUGUUAAUGAACCAAACCAAAAAAUUAUGAAUACACAAAAUCUGUAAUCAAUACUUAUAAUCAAAAGUUUAAUUUUCUGUCAAAAACUAGGAAAUAUUUACUUGGAAUUUGAGAUCAUUAUUUUCUUGUCUUUAUCUUCUACAUAUUUCAAUUCAUCAAUAAUUGUUAUACUAAGUAUAUAUUAGUCUACCAGCUUGCCCAAAUUUUAAAUAUAUUCUAUUUGUAAUAUGUUACAGUAAAUAUUUAUCAAUGCAAAGCUCUAAUUGAAGGCAAACAUUAAUAUUUGGAUCAA